UAGAAGUUGUAGCUGGUUCUACUCUCGUUGAAGCGGGUGAUGUACCCUCCCCGUUUCAAGAGAUGGCCAAAGCUAUUGACUCCUUAGUCACCCCGCAGACGCAUCCGGACCCAACUAUACUCUGUACUUUGGAUGUGUCUGAGGCCUUAGAGGACCUUCAAGGUGAGUGGUCGGCAAGGGACCCUCGUGAGUCUUGGGUUGCACUGAGUAGAGGUCCUAGAGGGGAGCACUUCGUUGUGGAAGUUGAUGUGGGUGGUCGCAAGUGCGGCGCCUUCGUAGACAUUGCCUCCACGCGAAACUUCAUAAGCCGCGACUGCGUUGACAGACUGUGCCUCAAGGACUGGGUGCAGCGCCUUAGUAGACCGGUAGCAUCUAGUUUGGCCAACAAAGAGCGCAUGAUGGUGGAGGACUACGUUAAAGAUGUAGUCUGCACCUUCUCCUACCCAGGAGGAGAGAUAAACGAUAAGAUAUCAUUCAUGGGCUCCCGAGCAGGCGCAUUGGCAUUACUGCUUUUGCAAAGGCCGAAGGCCCGCUCCCCAAUGUAUCGGCCCUGCUUUGUUUGGGGACUCCCUGCUGUAGCGCCCACGAAGGUGAUGAAGAUGGCUGCCACCAUAGCCAGUGAUAUCAUGGACGAGGACAUACUAGUGUACACGUGUGUUGGUGAUAACCUCGCCAUGAAGGAGAAGGUGUUUGUAGACCUAUGGGGGGCUGAGUCACAUUUCCAUGCUGGACUGAUCCAGAAGGAUCCUGCCGUUCCUGCCGACCUUUCCGGAUCUGAUUCCGAGGAAGGGGAUCUCUUCCUCACAGAGGAGGAAAAGUUGUUUCAUGCCAAGCUGUUGGCCAGUGGGAAGGAGCGGGGCAGGAUUAUAGCUGCGAACCAGAAGAUGGAGGUCAAUAGGUUUGCCCGCAAUGCGUUCUUACCUACUGUUCCACCUAGAUGGGUCGAGUCGCAAUCGAGGGGGGUAGAUGACAAAUUAUGGGAUCUCCUUACGUUCAACUACGUGGCACCUAUCCAUGCUAACUCCUACCGCUUCCUUGCGUCAUUCUUCGAACUGGAAUUGCAGAAAUGCAAUGAGAAAGCGUUGACUGAAAAUACGGACAUCUGCAGGGGGGAUUAUCCACUCACCGCUGAGAACAUGAAGCUUCCGGUUUAUCUCUUCCUUGAGGCUCCGUCCCUGAAGGCGCGUGCCCGUGCCUUCCGAGUGAUGGCGAAGACAACAUGGCGAGCCCCGAUCCUUGCCUCUGUAGUGUUCUUUCACAUGAGGGAGAUAAUGGUUAGGAUGGCCCAUAGUGUCGCACUGAACCCCUCCAAGACUCCGCAGAACAUUUUGGAUGACCCCGCCAUCAUGCUGAACAAGUUUCCGAGAACCAUGGCAAAACUCAUCCUGCCGUCCAUGUAUGUCCGCUCUUCUGAGAAGAGGAGAAAGGAGGCUUCAUCUUCGAAGUCUGCUACAAAGAAGGCGAAUAAGGGUCAACAGACCACUCUGCAGUUCUAUGUCGCGCCAGCCCAAGAGCAUGCUUCUGUGCAGAUAAUCAGUACUCCUCCCACGUCCACAGUGACCGGUCAGGAGGAUGGCCAGGCUUCGGCGUCCAACAGAAUGAUUAGGAAGAGUCCGAGGGAGAAGACUUCUGCCAAGACCAUCUUGUUUGGAGCUGGACUCUCUUUCCUCAAUGCUGAGAUCUGCGUCACGUCUGAUAUCCUGGGCACUUUUUCCACAGGGAUAAGAGAGUGUGGAGAGACGAUGGAGGAGAUGGCAACUGAUUGUUUGGGGUGGAUGACGUUCAAAGCAGAAAUAUGGGCAAAAUAUGAAGAUUUGAGGAGAGAUGAGAUUGAGGAUGAUAUCAUCUUCGAUGAGACCAACUUGGAAGAUUUUAAGGAAAGCAUCGACCUCUAUGCUGAGAAGAGGCAAUGGGAGGAGGAAGAAAAACUGGAGCAUAUGAUGAAGAAGGUGGCCCCAAGGGAGUGCAAGAAUGGUGCACGGACGAAUGUAUCGACGUCUGAAUUUCCGAAGUGUGUCAGCUUCGGGCUGGAAGUGACGUGCGUCGACAAGAACCUCGUCGCCAACUUUGAAGGGAUGGUCGAUGCGAGAGCGGUUAGCGCGAGUGGCCAUGCGAGUUUGGGAGUUAGCAAUGCUCUCGCGAGCCUUGCUAAUGAGCGCAUCCAUCUCCUUUACCCAGUCAUCGAGGGCAGGGCAUUUGGUGUCGGGAUGGAUCUGAGAUGGACGAAGAAGGUCUGGGCUCAUUUUACUACUGCAUUUGAAGGAAGGGAUCUACAAAAGGAUUCAAACUUUAUGUUAUCAUUCGAUAACAGUGUUGUACCUGAGCGUGGUUCCGUAGGCAUUGAAGAGUUGUUUCCAAAAUUGGGAGAGAAAGCGGGGGUCACGAUCACUGAUGAUAUUCUCGGGGAGGCCGUGGUGUCUGGCGACAUGGUCGAAGAAGAGAAUGGCAAUGUCUUUGGCGUUAUGCGAGGUGGUGCAUGGGAUGAAGUGAGCACGUUUGGCUUUGAUGUCGGCAAGGAGGGAAGGCCAAUGGAAAUAACGGGAGAUGGUAUCAAAGGUUUUCUGGAAACCAAGGUGGCCAGCGGUCUUGGCAUCGUGGUGCUCGGCCAAGAGCUGGGUGCGCAGGCCACGGGCGUCAGGGAUGUAGAGUCGGCGGGUGCCUUUGGUUUCAAUGUAGAGAAGGUUGUCGUGGAGGACGGGGUCGAGGUCACGGAGUUUGUUGUAGAUGGUGGAGAAGUCGGUGCAAGAGAGGUAUCCUUGGGUGUAGCGAUGGUGGAGCGAUGGCAGGAGCUGGAUGUGGGUCAUGGCGGUGUAGACUUUCUCAGGGGGCUUGUGGUCGGGGCGGCGGGAAAGGGCGUCGGCAACACGGUUGCUUUUGCCGAGGGUGUGGCAAAUGGUGAAGGUAAAUUGGGCAAGGAAGUCGAGCCAACGGGCUUGGCGAGGGGUGAUGUCUUUCUUGGUAAGAAUAGAGGAAACGACAGUGUUAUCGGUGCGGAUGGUGAAGUAUUGCCCGUCGAGGUACGGGCGUCAGACUUUGAGGGCAUAGACCACGGCGAGGAGCUCCUUCUCGUUGGAUGGGUAGUUCAUUUCUGCGGGAAGGAGUUUCUUGCUGGCGAAUGCGAUGGGGUGCUCGCCGGGUGGGCAUUGGGAGUGAGUGGGGGAGUCCUUGAUGGAGGGGGUUUCCGCGGGGUCGGGGGAAAAGCAGACCUUUUUGGGGUCCAUGCGGAUGCCGUCGGUGGAGACAAUGUGACCAAGGUAUUCUACGCUAGAGACAGCAAAUGUGCAUUUGCUGAGCUUGGCGUCGAAUUUCUGGUCGAGGAGGAUGGCGAGAACUUGGCGGUGAUGAUCAAGGUGGGACUCGAAGGUGGGGCUAAAAACAAGGAUGUCGUCGAGGUAGAUCACGACACAGACUUCGAGGAGGUCGCGGAAGAUGUGGUUCAUGGUGGAUUGGAAUGUAGCGGGGGCGUUGGUGAGACCGAAAGGCAUUACGAGAAACUCGUAGUGCCCGAAGCGGGAGCGGAAGGCGGUCUUGUGGGUGUCCUCCUCGCGGAUGCGGAUCUGGUGGAAGCCACUGCGGAGAUCAAUCUUGGUGAAGUAUUUGGCUUCACGGAGGCGAUCAAGAAGUUCGGAUAUCCGGGGAAGCGGAUACUUGUUCUUGAUCGUGAUCUGGUUCAAGGCGCGGUAGUCUGUGCACAUGCGGAGUUCCGAGGUGCCGUUCUUCUUGACGAAUAGACAGCUGGUUCCGAAGGGGGAGGAGCUAGGCUUAAUGAAUCCUUUUCAAGGAG